GCCCGGGCGGGACCCGGGUACGGCCGGAUUUAAGGAGCGGUGCCGGGUGGAGGUGUCCUCGCCGCGACCGUCCCUGCCGCCGCCGCUGCCAUGCCCGUCAAAGGAGGCACCAAGUGCAUCAAGUACCUGCUCUUCGGCUUCAACUUCAUCUUCUGGCUUGCAGGGACAGCAGUUCUUGCAAUUGGAUUAUGGCUUCGGUUUGAUUCACAGACCAAAAGCAUUUUUGAACUGGAAUCUAACAACACAACGUUUUACACAGGAGUUUACAUCCUUAUUGGAGCUGGUGCACUUAUGAUGCUGGUUGGUUUCUUGGGAUGCUGUGGUGCAUUGCAGGAAUCUCAGUGUAUGCUUGGCUUGUUCUUCCUCUUCCUUUUCGUGAUUUUUGCCCUUGAAAUUGCUGCUGCGAUCUGGGGAUUUGCGAAUAAAGAAAAGGUUAUUGAAGAGUUAAAGGACUUCUACAAGGAAUCCUAUGAAAAGAGAUCUCAAGCACCUGCCAGAGAGACCCUGAAAGCAUUUCAGCUAGCUCUAGACUGCUGUGGUCUUACAGGAGCUCUCGAGCAGCAGUUCAUGGACACCUGUCCAAAGAAGACCAUGCUCGAGUCACUUUCUGUAAUGUCAUGCCCUGAUGCCAUUGAUGAUGUCUUCAAUUCAAAAUUGAAUGUGAUUGGAGCAGUGGGCCUUGGCAUUGCUGUAAUAAUGAUUUUCGGCAUGAUAUUCAGUAUGGUUCUCUGCUGUGCUAUCCGCAAAAACAGAGAAAUGGUCUAAGAGCUAAAAACCCAGGACUACUGCACUAUAAAAUUAUUUGUCAUUAACUUUAGCAUUCUGAAAGCAUUUCUAAAAAGUUAUAUAUUUGUUACCUUUUUAAUGCUUUAUUUGGUACUGAUGUAGGUUUGCUUUUUGUUAUAGGUUAAAAUGAUAAAGUUAUCUGACUCAAGACAAAUAUUGUACAUAAAAUAUCUGACUUUCUUGAAACUUACAUAAUUUGGAUGUAAUUUAUGUUGGAGACAAUUUGAUACUUAAUAAAGAGUAAGAUGUAUUGUAUGUUUGUGGGGAGAGGAGAUUUUACUAUGCUUAUUAAUCAUGCUGUUUGAGUAGCAUGGAGUUGAACUUUCAUAACAUGUUAAGUGUUAAAUUACUAGGGCUUUAGGAAAUAAAUCCUAUGCCAAUGCCCCUACUGUAGGGAACUCCAAGGAAUGGAAGAUGACUGUCAGAGCAUGUUAAGGAAGGUGGCAUCAUUCCUCCUUUCCUUGGGGUGUGUGAACAAAAGCAGCUCUUAAUUAUAUACUUAAAACGUUACCGCUGUAACACUUUUACUGUCAUCUUCAUCCAGGGUGGCCAAGGAUGGCCAUCGUGCUGGUGAUAGGCGAGCAGUGGUACUUUGAUGCAAACAGGCUGGGCUGUACCCUGGACCCAGCUGGGUUUUCUUAUAUCUGCCUGCCCGCUGAUGUAACUCUGUCCCCUGGAAUCUGACAUGGCCUCAGUCCCUUGACAAAGCAGAUUCCCAUAGUGUAUGCUCAGGUUUUUUCUCAGUGGCUGGCUUUGUGCUUUGUUUCUCCAAAGCUAAUGAAGUACAAUCUCGAGGGGUUUACAGCAUGUGUGCCAAAUCUCAGGUUUCCAAGUGGAAAAAAAAAAAAAAGUUGCAUGCAAAUUACUGUACAGCUCUAGCUGCUGCUGCAAGCAGCAACUGCAGAGUUGUGGCUAUCCAGUUUCAGUUUCAAAAUCCUUAUGGAAGGGAGCAGAGAGAUUAGUGUGGAACCCUUAGCCUGAAGAAUUAACAAUUUGUCUUGUACUUCUACUCUAAAUGGCUUAAGUGUGUGUUUUCUCUAAAAUACCUUCUGGUGGGAGCUGCCAAUGGACUUGGACCCUUACCAGCCAGCUGAUGUGCUAUACCUGUAUCUGAUGUUCCCCUGCUGUAGUAUCUCAGCUGUGUUCCUAGGAGCUUCUGGUCUCUGUUCUCUAGAUGCUACAAAUGUCUCUUAGUAGUCCUUGCUUGUUCCCACAUUUCUCUUCGAAGGAGAUUGAUAUUUCUCAUAAUAAAUACCAGAACUGUUGGGAGUCAGGAUCUGGCUGUAGCUCUGGACUAAUGCACAAAUGUAUUGCCCAACUUUGUGUUACCUGUUGUCACUUGUCUAAGGGGUUAUGCAAACCAUACAGCUCUCCUCUGUAACAUGUUGCACUAUUCUGUGUUAAUGGGGCCUCCUUUUAAAAAAAAAAAAAGUCUGGAUUUCAAAAACA